GUGGUUCAGCGGCGGGGAGGUACAUGUGAUAACACAAUAUCGACGUCAGCGGUCUCCAGCGUCAGUAAUAUUAUUCAGCGUCAGCGAUCUCUGGGGUCGGUAAUCUUGACUCUUGAGCACAGGCAAUAUCGCGCAACAGUAAUCUGAAAGGCCGGCGAUCUAUAGGGUUGGCGAUCUCAAAGGUCAGCGAUCUCGAGGGUCAGCGAUCGCGAGAGAACGCCAGGGCCCAGGGAUCUCCAGCAUUAGCGUCUCUAGCGUCAGUAAUAUCCAUGUCAUCACUCUCGAGCGUCAGCGACCUCCGAGCAUCUUUAGCGCCAGCAAUCUCGAGCGCCAGCGAUCUCGAGCGUCGGCGAUCUCGAGCGUCAGCCAAAUCCAGCCGGGUUCACGAUCUCUCGAGCCCCCUCCAUUGACAACAACGGGUCAAGAAUGUGAUGGUGAAACACUUGUGUGAGACAGAAUGAAUGCUGCCCUGGACACAGUGUCUGGCAUAAGGCAGGUCUUCAAUGAAGCAGUAGAGAGAGUCAAAAGUCCGACGCCGAUCCGUCUCCGGGACCUGAUCCGCCAAAUCCGCGCGGCACGGACGGCCGCAGAGGAGCGUCAGGUGGUCAACAAGGAGUGUGCCCUCAUCAGGAGCACCUUCAGGGACGAGGACAGCGUCUGGCGCUGCCGCAAUGUCGCCAAACUACUCUACAUUCACAUGCUCGGGUACCCGGCCCAUUUUGGCCAGCUCGAGUGUAUGAAGCUGUCGGCCUCGCCGCGCUUCACCGACAAACGAAUCGGCUACCUGGGCGCCAUGAUGCUGCUCGAUGAGAGGCAGGAUGUUCAUCUGCUGCUCACACACUCACUCAAAACCGACCUGAACAGCAGUACCCAGUUCGUGGUCGGUCUCGCUCUGUGCGCGCUGGGCACCAUCGCCUCCCCCGAGAUGUCUCGCGACCUGGCUGGAGAGAUCGAGCGGCUCAUCAAGUCAUCCAACGCCUACAUCCGCAAAAAGGCCGCGCUGUGUGCGUUCCGCAUCAUCACCAAGGUGCCGGACCUGAUGGAGAUCUUCCUGCCGGCCACCCGGCAACUUCUCACCGAGAAAAAUCAUGGAGUGCUGAUUGCUGGCGUCAUUCUAAUCACGCGGAUGUGCGAGAUCAGUCAAGACACGCUCCAGCACUUCAAAAAGCUGGUACCCAACUUGGUCCGCAUUCUCAAGAACCUCAUCAUGGCCGGCUACUCGCCCGAGCACGACGUCUCCGGGGUCAGCGACCCCUUCCUGCAGGUGAAGAUCCUGCGCCUGCUGCGACUGCUGGGCCGUAACGAUGACGACGCUUCGGAGGCGAUGAACGACAUGCUGGCCCAGGUGGCUACCAACACGGAGACAUCAAAGAACGUCGGCAACGCCAUCCUCUACGAGACGGUGCUGUCCAUCAUGGACAUCAAGUCCGAGAGCGGUCUGAGGGUGCUGGCGGUCAACAUCCUGGGCCGCUUCCUGCUCAACACGGACAAGAACAUCCGCUACGUGGCGCUGAACACCCUGCUGAAGACGGUGCAGGCUGACAUCGGGGCCGUCCAGCGGCACCGCGGCACCAUCGUCGAGUGCCUCAAGGACCCCGACGUCACCAUUCAGAAGCGCGCCAUGGAACUCUGUUUUGCGCUGCUCAACGGAAACAACAUACGCUCCAUCAUGAAGGAGCUGAUUGCGUUUAUCGAGGUGUCCGACUCGGAGUUCCAGGCGGUCUGCUCGUCCAAAUGUGUGAUUGCUGCCGAGAAGUUUGCGCCGAAUGUGCGCUGGCAUGUUGAGACUCUACUGCAGGUGCUACGAGCGGCGGGCAACAACGUGCGUGACGACGUGGUGGCCUCCACGAUCCAGCUCCUCACCGAGGUGGUGCAGCAGCACAGCUACGUGGUCGGUGAGAUGUGGUCGGCACUCCGCUCGGCCACGGCGCAGCACCAGCCGCUGCUGCAGGUCACGGUGUGGGGCGUGGGAGAGUAUGGAGACAUGCUGGUCACCGGGCAGGCCAGCGACAGCCAGGUCAAGGUGUCGGAGGAAGAGAUUGUCGCCCAGUUCGAGCCAAUUCUGGGCAGCAGCCAGAUGAGUAUUGUCACCAAGGAGUUCGCGCUCAUGUCGCUGAUGAAGCUCAGCGCCCGACUUACCGACCAGUCGGCGCUCAAGACGAUCCAGCACCUGGUGAACGGCUUCGGCUGCCACCUGAACGUGGAGCUGCAGCAGCGCGGUGUCGAGUUCUCCCAGCUGUUCACCCGCCACGACGCGCUGCGGCCCGCCCUGCUGGAGAGAAUGCCGCCGAUGGAGGCCCGGGCCAGCGGGCGCGGACUGACCAACGGCACUGCGGCGCCGGCCGCGAGUGUGGCAGCGACCCCCGCGCCGGUCGCCGCCGCUGCGCCGGCCGCGGCGCAGAGCAACUCGAGCGCCCUGCUGGACCUACUCGGAGGUAUGGACUCUGACGUAUCGGACGUGGUGGCUCCCGUCGCACCGACCGCCGCCGCGCCGCCAGCCGCCUCCAACAUGGACCUACUUGACUUGCUGGGAGACAUCGGAGGCGGUGCCCCCGCCCCCGCCGCCGCCCCAGCCCCGGCGGCAGCGCCCCUGGGCGGCCUCUCCGGGCUGGGCGGAGCCGCCCCCGCCCCCGCCCCCGCCAAUGACGUGCUGCUCGGAGGUCUGGGCGGCAUGCUCGGUGGACCUGCCCCCGCCGCCCCCCCUGCCGGCGCUGAGAUCCCCAGUAUGACGGUGUUUGAGCGCGGCGCCGUGCGGAUAGACAUGGCGUUCCGCCGGCCGGCCGACAACCCUCCGCUGUGCGUCAUCGGCGUCACCGCCACCAACACGUCAUCGGAUGUCGUGACAGACUUCCUGUUCCAGGCCGCCGUGCCCAAGACGUUGCAGCUACAGAUGCUGCCGGCCUCUGGCAAUGUGAUCCAGCCAUCCCAGGCCAUCACUCAGACCAUCAACGUCAUCAACCCCUCCAAGGUGCCGCUGCGGCUGCGUCUCCGUGUCAGCUACUCUCAGAACGGUCAGCCGGUGGCCGACCAGGGCGAGGCCAACUCAUUCCCGCCCGCCGCGUGGCAGUGACACCUAGCGCACGCUUUAGACACUUGAGCUACGCGGCGCGGACGUGGGCGGCGCUGCCGUGCCGGCCACUAUAAUUGUGUUGUUACGCGGCGAGCGAGUGCGGAGUGUUUCUAACGCGACUGUGAUCAUCUGACGCCGAGGCGGCGGCCGGUCGGUGGGCCCCGCCGCUCCUUCCCGCCGGCUCACUACAUUCCACGUCCGGAGGGCGGAGAGAUGACAGCCUCGGUCGGCGCGAGACCGCCUCAAAGCCCCGCGCGCGAGCCGAGAGCCGCGCCCUGUCCAGGACUGUGUGACAGUUGUCUGUCUGUCUGUGUGUGAGAGCUGUGUGUGGAGCGUCACGCCGCGCACGGCAAGGAUCAGAGUCUAUAUUUAUGUAGUGCGGACGGGAGUGUACCUCUCCGUCGCCGAGUGGGGAGUGCCGCGGCAGCAGUGAGUGUCGGAGUGUCUGGGUGAGUGUCGUGUCUUCGAUGAAGCAGUCGGGACUCCUCAGACAAACGAUUGCUCGUCCCCUGUCGCGUAUGGUCACGUGGUCACGGGCAGUCGUGAUCCAGUGACGUAACUGUGACGUCAGCGAUCACGAUGCGUACUUACGUCUGACAGUGGGGGGCGGCCUGUCACGGUUACGGUUGCCCCGCCAGACGCGUGCAUGUGUGCGUGUGACGCCUCCUAGUGGUGACUGGGAGAGGGAGCCGCCAAGUCAGAACCGAGGCGCGCUACAAGUCGCGUCACCGCGCCCGUCCUGCGAGAGAGAACUGUUUUUGUUUGGAAGUGUCGAUGGUCUCCACUAACCGCUUUGUAGUCGGCUCGCGCUCACGACUCGCCGGUGGAGUUAUUGUGGAGUUAUUGUGGAGUGGAGUGGGGCCGCGCGGUGGACGCAGCACCCUGUGGAUCGGGAGUUAUUGUGGACGUCUGGCGAUCGUACUGAUUAUUUAUCCUAAAAAUAUAUACACCGAUUGAG